AUGACAUUGGGCACUAGCACCACUCUUCUUUGCUGCGAGGCGGAGUGGCGCAAUGCCCUUGUCUUGCUUUACACAGUAUCAGCAGACGAAUGCUCCAGCGAUACUCGACAAAUCAGGGUUGUAAAUCAUAUGCAACCCGAACAUGGCGAGAAGAGCACUAGAACAAUUUCCUUUAGCCAUAUCAUCUCUAGCCCGGACCUUACCGAUACAGUUAUCAGGCAAGUAGGCCUGUGGUAUUCAUCCAGCAUCCUCCUAAGAUAUGAAGAUAGCCUGUGUACUCCUCUAGGUCGUAGUCAUGGACCUACAUUAUUGGAGAUCGAUACUACUCGUCGCGGGGCGUCGGGCGGGUCGGGCAGCCCCAGCUCCGCUCCCAAGGCGGAGGCCCACGUGCUGUCUUUGGAUAUUUCAUGGUUGUAG